GGAGGUACUUAAAGCAUGACUUUUAAAAGUUUGCAUAGGGCAAGAAGCAGGAGUGUGACUAAACUGAUUUUUCUUUCUGGUUUUAAGCAUGAUGCUAUUCCUCAGCGUCCUCAAAAUGAGCAAAUUGAAAAGCUCAAGAAGUUCAAGGCUGUGUUGGAACGCAUUCUGAUUUUCUUGCAGCUCAAUAAGCAUGACAUUCAGCUUACUCACAAGGAGAAGUUGUGUUCGGUUGAGAGGCACAUAGGUUUCUUUCUUAGCAAGCCUACUUCUCCUCCUCUGCAGGGGCAACUUCCUCAGUCUUCCAUGCAGCUUCAGCAACCACAAUCACUUGAUGUUCAAACUAAUCCACCGAUGCAACCUCAACUUCAUCAGGCACUAUCUUCGCAGGCACAAAGUACAGGAGCACUUCAGACAGCUACGCUGGAUUCCGAUUCUACUUCUCAGACGGGAAAUGCAGAUGGAGCUGAUUGGCAGGAAGAGCUUUACCAAGAGAUCAAAACAAUGAGGGAGAAGAAUUUACCAGAGCUUAAUGCUUUAUACCAGAAAAUUGCUUCUAAAGUGCAGCAG